AUGAAAAGCUAUAAUAAUUUAGCAACAAUAGGAAAAUGGGUACCAACCUCUAGAAACGGGAAAAAUAAGUGUGAGUUGACUGAUCCACCAAUAGUUUUGAGUAGUAAGGAAGAUAGGAAAGAUACAGGGUAUCUUAAUGAAAAUCCUGAAACUCACCAGAUUGAUAAUAGACUGAAACAGUUUACGAACUACACUGAGAUAGAAAAUAGUAAUGAAUUUCACCAGUUUGCUACAGGAGGAAAUGCGCAAUUCUCCAAUUGUGAUCAUACAUCUAAAGGACCACAUGUAGUAAAAUUGCGUGAAAACUUGGAAAUACUUGCUUUUCACGGUUGCGAUUUUAAUAUACCUGUAAACACCCGGGUCCCUGCAGGCAUUAAAGUCUGUGAACCAUUAAAUCAUACAGAUGUCGGUAUUCUUACCGCGUGUAGUGUAAUAGAAAUUCCUGAAAAUUCAACAAAAGAAAAUAGAAAUAUAGUAGUUCGUAUUCUGAAUACUUCUUCAAUACCGCAGACCAUUUAUCAAAACACGCCCAUUUUAAAUUUGGUGGAUGUGACUAGGCUGAAAGAAUGUUCCACCGCUGAUGCUCUCUGUGGAGCGGAUGGAACGGAUUAUGUCAGUGGAAAGUUUAGUGAAAUUCAUACAAGUUGUUAUGAAGGCCAUAUUGUGGAGAAUAUGGUUUUUCAUUUAAAAGGAGGGGAUAAGAAAUUUCUACAAAGAAUGAAAAUUUCCCAUAAAAAUGCUUUAAAUAAUAUAGAAAGAAAUACUCAGCGAUACCAUGAUAACUUCAAUAAGAAAGCAAUUCCACAUAAAUUUAAACUAGGUGAUAAGGUUUAUUUAUACGAACCAGCGGAUAAAGUUGGAAUCACGACAGAAGAAACUAGCAAUCAAUUGGCAAAUGUUCCUCUAAAAUAUCGAAUUAAGGAAAAUUAUUUUCCUUUAGACUGUGAAAGUGAAAGUGAAGAAGAAAUUGUGACGGAUGAAAGUGAGGAGAAUGUAGACAGAACUGAUAGAAUGUCGUCAGUCUUAGAAAAUGGAAAUACCGAGAGUAAUAGAAAUAUAGCAGAAACGGAUCCCUUGAAUAGAUCCUCGAAUAUUUCAAGAGAUGGUGUUGAUGAUGAUAACCAAAUAAUUGAUAGUCAUGGAAAUGACUCUAUGAGGUCCUUGGAUGCAGAUCGAGAGAUAAAUGAUGAUGUAGCUCAAGUUUCUAUAAACAUACGAAACCCGGAGCCUUUAGAACAGCAAAUUCGACCUCAACGAAUAAGACAGUUACCAAAAAGGACAGCACGCCCAGAGAUUAUUGCUUAUGAUUGCGCCGACCGAGCGACCGAAUUGACAAAAGUGUCUUUGCUGGCAGUAAAACCAUGCCAAGACCCUCGUAAUUUUUCCGAGUCCAACUUCAGACGAAUCCAGCUGGUACAAAAACGACAAUAUGUACCAAUUCACAUACUCACCUAUCAAGUUACUGUCCAACAACUCAUUGAUCAUUGCGGCAUGCAUAGUCAUCGCAGUACCGUAGCCGGAGGUUUUGGAAAAUAUAUUCAGCACAUAGAACCAGAACAAUGUCUGAAGGCUCACCGAUUCCGUCAGUUAGAUCUCAAAGGAAUGGGAGCUGGUGUUAUUUCCAAACUUAAUCUAAAUGGAACCACAGAAGUUUCGGCAACUCUUCUAGGUUUUGCCGACGCCAAUGGUCGAUGCGAAGGUGUAAGAUUCGCCGUGGAUUAUGUUGCGAUUGCCGAUGUCGAACGAAAUCUAGUUACCCUACGGUCUGGUGGUGUCUGUCCGUACAAUGAUGGUUAUUGUUUUGAUAAUGCUGAAGGCGAAGUUACAUGGCAACAACAUCUAUCUAGUUUAUGCUCUACAAGUGGUGUCGACGUACUAUACGAAGGAAACGCUACUCUCCUUGUAUUAAGUCGAAACCCACCUAAUAGAUACGUCGUUGUGGAAACCACAGAUACAGUUUUUGCUUUAAAACUGACAAAGCCAGAAGAAAUUUGUGCUCAAAAGGCUUGGCUAACUGAACAAAACCGCUUACUUCUAAUUUUUGAGGAUUCAGUUGGAUUCUAUUACCAUCGUACUAUUCGAAUUCCUCAAAAUACAGACAUGUUGGCUCAAGUACUAAGUAAACUCUUGUAUUUGGAGAUUGAAGUAAAAAGACAAAUGGCUGAUGUCAUCUACGACUCGAUUAUGAAGAGAUGUCAUUUGAGAGAGAAGUUAUUACAGAACAGAUUAGCAAUGGCAAAACAAUCGCCCGACGCAGUGGGUAAUCUGGUAAAAGAAACCUCAGGAUAUGUUAGUAGAGUGAUGGGAGAAGUACUCUAUAUUGCUAAAUGUAGAGCUGUUGUCGUAGACUAUCGAAAGACUUCAUAUUGUUAUCAAGAACUUCCCGUUACCUAUCUGAAUAGAUCACUAUACAGAACUGCUAUUACUCACAUCCUAGUUGAACAUGGAACCAAACGCACCACCGACGCUUCAGAAUUAGAUGCCAAUGAUGAAGAAGACAAACUAUCAAUGCCAAGUAUUUCCAUCUCCCCUAUCAGUUCCAAUGGAAUUUAUUCCAAGGAAGACAUGGAAAGCUUCCAGCAAACACUCCUAUAUCCAAAUACCAGAAAAGCAGUAACUAAUCAAGUUGCCAGGAGGAUCAUAGCCCUCGAUAGCUCAGACCCUUAUUACAUGCCAAAUUUGUUCAGCAAAACCGAAUUUACCAAUUUAGCACAUGCCGCUGCUGAGGAAGUGUGGGGAUUUUUAUCCAAAAUGGGAAAUUUAUUUUCCAUUUGUGGGUUCCUUUACACCAUAGCUUGCGCCUUAGCCAGCCAAAGAAGAGAUCGGGACGAAGAAGACCAGAAGAAUGAAUUGAAUCCAGUGUCAGUUGAUGCUACCGCCCCGCAGGAACAAUCAAGCAGUUCGUUUUAUCCAAUACUGCCGAAGUCUACCGCGCCUUGUAGUGAUCCUAACUGUAAAUUGAACAACGAAAAAAAUAAUCCGCGUGACCCAUAG